AUGGCGGAUAAUACUGAAUUGAUGCUCACCAAAUUAUUAAGUUUUCAGAGAAGCAAUCCGCAUGUCAAUUAUUAUGGUAGCCAAAUAUUUACUGGAUCUGAAGAAUCCACGUAUAUAUUGGAUCAAGAUAUAAUGCAGAAGACGACGGCGACUGAAGAUGUUUCCAAGGAGCAGCAACUGCUUAGCCAAACCAGUGAUAAUACGAUAGACAAUUUUGGACAUAACGAAGAGAGCGAGUACUCUUUACAAAGUCAGAAUCACUUCAGUAGUAAUUUGACUGAUGAAGUGUGGAAUUAUCCUUGCCUAUGGGAUUUGAAGUCCAAAGGGUUCAAGAACAGUGUUAUGAAGAAACAAGCAUGGUUAAAAAUUUCAGAGCAACUCCAUGUGCAAGCAAUUGAAGCAGAAAAUGAGUUCAAAAGGUUAAGAGAAAAUUUCCGAAAGUGUCUGAAAAAGAGAGAAUUGGAAUCACGAUCUGGAGCAGAAGCAAAAAAGUUACCCACAUGUGCCUUCUUUGUUGAAUUGAGUUUCCUUAGAGAUAGUGUUUCUAAUAGAAAAUCAACAAGCAAUGUGAAUGUACCCAGACUAUCAGAUAGUCGAUCAUCGUCACCAUUUGAUUUAACUCAAGUAUCCUCAGGCAGUUCCAAUGAAAUAGCAAUUGCUGCACCUGGAAUGAGAAAUCCAUCACCCAAGCCCAAACCAUCCUCAGAAAUCAUAGCAGCCUCAACGAAAACUCGAAAACGAAAAGAAGAUGAUGACCCUUUAAAUGCAGCUCUUACUGCAGCAAUAGUCAAAGACAUUAAUAAAUCUGGUGAAGACACAAAUGAUUCUGAUUUACUUUUUUUGUAA